UUGCCUGGAGUGUUAUUUUAAGAAAGCAGAAACACCUUCAUUUGCACACUUGGAGUUCACAAAUCUUACCCCUGACUUCGUGGCUCCAGUUUUUCAAAAGAAGUGAAGCCAAGAUGAAGAGCCAUAUGCUUUUCUGGGGAGUCCUGGCCAUUUUUGUUAAGGCUGUUCUUGUGACAGCCCAAGAUGAAGAUGAAAGGACUGUCCUUGCGGACAAUAAAUGUCAGUGUGCACGGGUUACUUCCAGGGUCACCCGUUCCUCUGAAAACCCUAAUGAAGACAUCGUGGAGAGAAGCAUCCGGAUAAUUGUUCCUCUGAACAGCAGGGAAAAUAUCUCUGAUCCCACCUCACCGCGGAGAACCAAUUUUGUAUACCAUUUGUCUGACCUCUGUAAAAAAUGCGAUCCCGUAGAAGUGGAGCUGGAUAAUCAGGUAGUUACUGCCACACAGAGCAAUCUCUGUGAGGAAGACAGCGUGCCGGAGACCUGCUACACUUACGACAGGAACAAGUGCUACACAACUGUGGUCCCGCUUACAUAUGGCAGCGAGACCAAGCUGGUGAAAGCGGCCUUAACCCCUGACUCCUGCUAUACUGAUUAGUCCCAGUCUCGGCUGCUUAAGCAGCUGUCUUGAGAGGCUCUCCAUUUUGUCUAGAAAGUUAGUGUUUUCACUGCCAUUGAAUUUUAAGCCAAAUUUUAAAAUUUUUAGACAAUGCAAGACAAACUUCCUUAUAAAAAUUUAAAGUUUUUACUUUAUUAGGUAAUUACUUCUCAAACCUAAGUAUUAAAAUUGGUCAAUUAUGCUUGUCAAGAGGGAUAUACUACCUUAAGAUCAUAGAUUUUAGCAUUUUAAAAAAGACAAGGAAAUAAAACUAAA